CGAGCAUGUUUCGUUGGAAGGUGAUUUUCCCCUUUUGGGCCAGGGAAGCAAGAAAAGGCCCAAAAGAAAAGACAAAGCUGAAGGUUUUUCCAGAAGGGGCCGCAAAAGCCCAUCUCUCCAAAUCAGUUCUGUCUCUCGAAAGAUUCAAAUUGCGAGAGGUGGUUCUCCCCUCCUCCGUCACUCGAGCAAACUGGGCUCCUCCAAGACCAAUCCGAAGAAAGCUAACUCUGUUACCCGUAAUAGGGUGGUUAUGGUGUCUCAACGUCAGAGUUCAAGUCAUGGUACCAUUCCGGUAGGGCCUUCUAACCCUUCCGGACCCGAACCAUGAAAAUCCUAGCGUGGAAUUGUCAAGGGGCGGGUGCUAAACUUACCAAACGCCGACUGGAGGAGAUGUGCCGUAUGUAUUCUCCAGGUUUUCUUUUUCUUUCAGAAACUAAAAAUGAUCUUUUGUAUCUUCAAGAACUCCAAACUACGCUACGGUUUGAUUGUCUUCAAACAAUUGAACCGAUGGGUACGAGUGGGGGUCUUGCUCUUAUGUAUUCUCGGGAUUACCCGGUUCAUUUCUUGUAUCUUAGUGAUCGAUUAAUGGAUAUUGAAACUAUUAUUGAUGGAAAUCGUGUCUAUAUUACCUUUGUUUAUGGCGAUCCGGUUGUUCAAAACCGAGAAAAAGUUUGGGAACGUCUUACCCGGAUAGGGAUUAAUCGCUCUGAACCUUGGUUCAUGAUUGGAGAUUUCAAUGAGAUUACCGGAAACCAUGAGAAGAAAGGGGGGAAACGGAGAUCUGAAUCCUCCUUUCUCCCUUUCCGGACUAUGAUUGAAAAUUGUGGUAUGCUUGAAUUUCCUUUUACAGGGAACUUCCUUUCCUGGGCAGGUCGUCGACAAUGCGGUUUAAUCCGCUCCCGCCUUGACCGGGCUCUGGGAAAUGAAGAAUGGCACCAUAUCUUUUCCCACACAAAUGUGGAGUAUCUUAAAAUGUGGGGAUCCGACCACAGACCCAUGUUAGCCUCAGUUCAAAAUAGACCCCUUAAAGUUUUUAAAAGGUUUAUGUUUGAUAAGAGAUGGAUUGGAAAACCUGGCCUAAAAGAAGCUGUUAAGGCGGGUUGGAGAUUCUCCAGACAUGGUCGAGGCAGCUUUCUUCCCCGAAAGAUUAAAACAUGUCGGGUGUCUAUUUCGAAUUGGAAAAAGACUUUAGUGACCAAUUCUGAAAAACUUAUUCUGAGCCUUCAAUCUCAAAUUGACGCAGCUCAAGAAAAUCCAGAGAUCACCUCUGAAGCUCUUUUAGAGUUAAAAUGGAAACUGUGUGAUGCUUAUAGAGAGGAGGAGUUGUACUGGCAGACAAAAAAUUUAUUUACGACCUCCAACCCCAGGGAUGUGGACUCUGUUCUCCGGGCUGUUCCCGUGUCCAUAACUGAGGAAAUUAACCUAUCUCUCACAAGAGAUUUCUCUCGUGAUGAGGUUAAACGGGCCCUCUUUUCCCUCAACCCCGAGAAGACUCCAGGCCCUGAUGGUCUGACGGCCCUAUUUUACCAGCGGUUCUGGGAUAUAGUUGGAGACGACCUUGUCAAACUAGCCCAAGAUUUCCAUUCGACCGGUUCUUUUGAUGAAUCUCUGAAUGCGACAAACAUAUGCCUUAUUCCAAAAACUGAUCGUCCUCGAUCGAUGAAGGAAUUCAGGCCAAUAAGUUUAUGUAAUGUAUGUUAUAAGGUCCUCUCGAAGAUUCUUAGUCUUCGACUGAAGAAAUUUCUUCCCGACCUAAUAUCUGAGACUCAGUCGGCUUUUGUGUCCGGCCGCCUUAUUACGGAUAAUAUCUUGAUUGCUCAAGAGAAUUUCCAUGCCCUCCGUACGAAUUCGAAUUGUAGGAAGAAUUUCAUGGCUAUUAAAACAUAUAUGAGUAAAGCUUUUGAUCGAGUGGAAUGGCCCUUUCUUAACGCUCUGAUGCUGAAAAUGGGUUUCGCUCAGAAAUGGGUUGAUAUGAUAAUGUUUUGUAUCUCUUCGGUGUCGUACCAAGUUAUCAUAAAUGGAACCCCGAAGGGACAUAUAAAACCCUCACGGGGAAUCAGGCAAGGGGACCCAAUUUCCCCCUUUAUUUUUAUACUCUGCACUGAAGCCCUUGUGGCUCAGCUGAAUGAAGCAGAAUGGCAAGGCAAAAUUCAAGGCCUUCAAAUUGCUCGGGCUAGUCCCUCGACAUCCCAUCUUCUCUUUGCGGACGAUAGUCUCUUUUUUUGUAGAGCGACUCCUGAUCAAGGGACUGAAGUUCUAAAUGUUAUACGCCGGUACGGUGAGGCCUCAGGCCAACUCCUUAACGAAGGAAAGUCUUCUGUGAUGUUUGGGCACGAGGUGUCUCCAGUAACCCGUACCAACAUUAAGAAUAUCUUAAGCAUUCAGACCGAAGGUGCUAUCCUUUCGAAGUUAAGUAGCGCCAUAGCUAACUUCUGGUGGAAAACCAGAUCGGAGAGUAACGGUAUCCAUUGGAUAGCCUGGGACAAAUUAUGUACCCAACACUCGGAAGGAGGACUUGGGUUUCGUACUUUGGGUGAAUUUAACCAGGCACUCCUUGCCAAGCAAUUUUGGAGACUCCUUCGCUUCCCAAAUUCUCUGUUGAGUAGAGUUUUGAGAGGUAGAUACUAUAGAUUUAGCGACCCCCUUCAGAUAGUAAAGGCCAAUCGUCCCUCCUAUGGAUGGAGGAGUAUCUUUUCUGCCAAGCCUCUGAUUGUUUCAGGACUGCGCAGAACUGUUGGCUCCGGAAUGUUAACUCGGGUAUGGACUGACCUGUGGCUUCCCACAAUCCCACCUCGACCUGCUAAAAGUGUUCUAGCUUUUCAGGAUCCGCAUUUGUAUGUCAAUGAUCUACUGAAUAGGGAUACUCAGGAAUGGAAGCUUGAACUUCUGAAUGCUAUUGUGGACCCAUCGGAUAUCCCUCUGAUUCUGGGCAUUCGCCCUAGUCGGACUUACCUGAGUGACGGAUAUAGCUGGGUUCACACAAAAUCAGGGAAUUAUACUGUUAAGUCAGGAUAUUGGGCCGCGAGAAAUCUUUCCCGCCCUUCUUGUGACCUCCCUUUUCAGGGACCGGAUGUUUCGGCACUCCAGGCACAAGUGUGGAAAACUAAAACCACAAGAAAGCUAAAGCAUUUCAUGUGGCAAUGUCUCUCGGGUUGCGUUGCAACCUGCCAAAGACUUUUCUCUCGACACAUUGGUAGGGAGAAAGACUGCCUCCGUUGUGGUCAUGAAGAGGAAUCAAUUAACCAUCACCUCUUCGAAUGCCCUCCGGCUAGGCAGGUCUGGGCUUUAUCCCCAAUACCCUCUUCAGGGACGGUGUUCCCUCGCCAAUCUCUAUUCUACAAUUUUGAUUUUCUCUUUUGGAGAGGUCAAGAAUUGGAGAUAGACGUAUCCAAUAUCCACAACUUCCCUUGGAUUUUGUGGUUUAUUUGGAAAGCCCGUAAUAGGUUUUUAUUUGAGAAUAUAAGGGUGUCACCUGAGGAGACCCUUCUGCUUGCUACUCAUGAAGCAGAAGUGUGGCGGCGGGCUAUGGAAGCAGAUGCUUCGCCAGAUCCUCCGCCACCUCCUUUGGUAGUCCAUAGGCCCCUAUCCUCCCCAAUUCUAGAAUGCCAAUGUGAUGCCUCCUGGCUGGAUUCCGAUCCUUUUAGUGGUCUUGGGUGGAUCCUACUGGAUGAUAGAGGAAAUUUCUCGCAAGGCCACUCUUGGUUUGGACUCAAGAGUGUUAGAAGGUCCCUCUCACCCCUUCAUGCUGAAUGGGAUUCCCUUCUUUGGGCCAUGGAGAGUAUGCUAGCGCUUAGUCAUUUCAACGCUAGCUUUGCCACGGAUUGUUCGGAUAUCCUUGCUGUUUUGGAGGCGCCAUCGGAUUGGCCCACGUUUGCAGCUGAAUAUGCUUCCUUUCGUGAUCUGGAGAAUUCUUUCUUGGACUUCAAUAUCGGCCGUAUCCCGAGAAAGGAAAACGGGCGCUCAGACUACCUUGCAAAGAAAGCAAGAUGCCGUGGAGUUCAUUUCUCCUACACAAGCACAUCGGCACCUUCGUGGCUCUUCGUAGAGGAGAGUUUAUUCCCGAGAAGCUUGUAA